AUGAAUAUAGUUACUUUCAACGCAAGAGGAUGUUGUAGUUCCGUGAAGAGAAGGAGAAUAUCCCAAAUUCUCACGAGAGGCAAAGCUGAUAUCUGCAUGAUUCAGGAAACUAAGUGUAAUAAUAUGGAAGCUGGCUUCGUUAAUAGCAUGUGGAGUACUGUUGACAAGAACUGGUCUGUUCAGAACUCAGUAGGCAAUUCAGGUGGCAUCCUCUCUAUGUGGAACACUACCAGAAUUUCAGCUGUCUCAAGCUUCAGUGGGAAAGGCUACCUUGGCUUGCAUUUAGUUUGGAAUAAUCAUAAUCUGGUCGUUAUUAACGUGUACGCUCCGUGUAAUCCAGCAGACAAGAGGAGGCUGUGGAGAGACCUGAUCAAUAUUAAAAACAAUUUCCAUGAUGUAGGCUGGAUUCUGGGGGUUGAUUUCAACUCGGUGAAAAACGGCGAGGAAAGACAAGGUCUCAGCGGUAAUAACAAUAGGGAUAUGAAGGAGUUUAAUGAUUUCAUUGAAGAGUUUAACGUUUCGGACUUGCCGGUUUUUGGUAGCCGAUUUACAUGGUUCAACUCUAAUGGAAAGAGCAGAAGUAGACUUGAUAGAAUUUUGGUGGAUGAUCGAGUUAUAUCUCUGUUUUCGUUGAAGAACCAAGUGGUGGGGGAUCAUGACAUAUCGGAUCAUCGACCGAUGUGGUUGAAGUCCAACUUUGUUAAUUGGGGGCCUAAACCUUUUAGGUGUUUCAACUGCUGGUUUGAACAUAAGGAAUUCAUCCCUUUUGUGUCGAAAUCGUGGAACUCCUAUCAUGUUUCAGGAUCGUUCCGCAACAUCCUUUUCAAGAAAUUUCAAGCCCUGAAAUCAGAUCUUAGAACCUGGAACCUUAAUGUUUUUGGCUGGUUGGAGUUAGAAAUUGAGGAAAAUAUUGUUGAGUUCAAUAAGCUGGAGUUAUCUUCCGUUGACGGUUCAACUCUGUGCGAUGACGAUGUAAUUAGAGAAAUGACUCGGCAUCAGGAGAAAAUGUGGAGAGAUAUGAGGAUCAAAGAAAAUAUGCUGGCUCAGAAAUCCAGAAUCAGUUGGUUGCAAAACGGCGAUUCAAAUUCUAAGUUUUUUCAUGACUCUCUCAAAUAUAGGAAUCGUUCGAACCACCUUUCAGCUAUCACAGUGGGAGGCUGGACUAUUAAAGCUCCUGAGGAUAUUAAGUUCGAAGCCGUUAAGUUCUUUAAGGAUAAAUAUUUGCAGCAUUCGAAGGCUAAAGUCAGUAGUGGUAUAUUUCUGGAUACCUGCCUUAGUGAUGAGGACAUUAGCUUCCUUGAAGCAGAUUUCUCCCUGUCUGAUGUGAGAAAGGCUGUUUUUAACUGCGACGGUAACAAAUGCCCUGGCGUCGAUGGUUUUAACUUCAGAUUUAUCAAAUCUUGUUGGGAUAUUAUUGGUCAGGAUUUCUCAAACUGCAUCCUGGAAUUCUUCAAGACAGGAGUUCUGCCCAAGAUGUUUGCGUCUUCUUUCAUAGCGCUAGUUCCGAAGAAUUCUAAUCCCUAA